AUGAAUGCUGACGAACUACUUCCCUUGGUAGUAAGCUCAGUCAGGGCUGCUUCAGCUUUAGCUGCCCAAGAUGUUGACUUCUAUAGAAGUUUAGAUAAAGAAAUUGCUUCAUCUCUAACAAAUACAUCUCAAAAAGUUACUGAUAUGAUAAAUAGCAUAAUAUCUUCAGUCGAUGAAAAUAGUGAAGGUCUUGUAGAAGGAAAAGAAAAUUUAGAUGAAUCAUGGAAAGAUAUUGGAAAUUUGUUAGAUAGUUUGUUUGAGCUAGCUGAUCAUUCAAUUGAUGCUUUAUCAAAAGCCUCACAGAAGAGUUCUAAUGACCCAAAAAUGAAAUAUUUAAACGAUUCAUUAAAUUUUGAAUCAGAUAACGUUACAAGACUUUCCAAACCCCAAUUAAAUUUUUCGGUGCCAGUUGAUAAUUCAGAGACACACCCAUUCAGGCCUUUAUUAACCGACAAACCAAAUGCAGUUGUACCUUUGGAUGAGGUAUUGAAGAUUGUAGAUGGGACUGAAGAUACACCUCAGCAUUAUCCUCAGCCUUAUGAAACAGAAAUUGAUAAACAAGAAUAUAACGAACAAGUAUUGCAGUUUUCUGAUCCAAUCCCAUCUAAGGUGUGGGAAGAGACUGAGGCUAUUUGGGUAGAUAAUGAGGAAAGCUUAGCUGCUAUGUUAAAUGAAUUGAAAACUGCUACUGAAUUAGCAGUUGAUUUAGAACACCAUGACUUCAGAAGUUAUUAUGGUAUUACAUGUUUAAUGCAAAUCAGUACUAGAAACACAGAUUAUUUAGUUGACACCAUUGCUUUGAGAGAUAAAUUGCAAGUUUUGAAUGUAGUUUUCACUGAUCCUAAAAUCACUAAAAUUUUACAUGGGGCAUUCAUGGAUAUAAUUUGGUUACAGAGAGAUUUAGGAUUGUAUAUUGUCAGUUUGUUUGACACCUAUCAUGCAUCUAGAGCCCUUGGAUUUCCAAGACAUAGUUUAGCAUACCUAUUGGAAAGGUUUGCUCAUUUUAAAACUUCAAAACAAUAUCAACUAGCAGACUGGAGAACAAGACCUCUUUCAAAGGCAAUGAAUGCUUAUGCAAGAGCUGACACGCAUUUCUUAUUAAAUAUAUUUGAUCAACUAAGAAAUAUGUUAAUUCAGGAAGAUAAACUAGCUAGCAUGUUGCAUGAAUCUCGUAAAGUGGCGAAAAGAAGAUUUGAAUAUUCUAAAUACAAACCAACAUUGCCAAGCUCUGCAGUUUUUUCACCUACUGAAAGUGACAUGCCUUGGCGUUCUAUGAUAUACCAAUAUAAUAUACCUUCUCAAAAAGUUGAAUUGGUUAAAAGGUUAUGGGAAUGGAGAGACACAAUUGCUAGAAGAGAUGAUGAAUCCCCAAGAUAUAUUAUGCCAAAUCAAUUAAUUGCCUCGUUAGUUGAGUAUGUACCAACUAACCCAGCAGGCGUCAUUUCUGUAAAUAGAAUGAUGACCGAUCCAGUAAGAUCAAAUGCAAAGGCGAUUGCCAAUUUAAUCAAAAGUACACUUGAGGACAUGAAAAAUAAUAACAUUUCUACAACAGUAGUAUCCACCACAGCUAAGGAUAAAGAAACAUCUUCAAACGAUUUAAGCACUUCUCAAAUUAAAUUCAUUGUUUCUCAAUUUGAAAAUAUCUUAGAAAAAUAUUCCAGUAACAAUUCUAAUUUGAACGAUGUGACAUCAAAGGAGGGCAAAGACUCUCUAGUAUUUAGCAAAAUAUUCAAUUCUAGAGAUGAUAUAAUAACAUAUGACAAGGGAACUAAGCAUUUAAUAACAGAGCAACAGCUAAGUGAUCGUCAAAAAGAAGUAGAUGCUGCAAUGAAACAAGCUGAAGAAAUUGCCUUUUCCAUGGAAGUCCAAGAUACGCAUAAAGAGUCUAUGAAGCAACCAUUUCCUGAGCCAGAAGAAGUCAUUUCACAAUCUCAUUUGCCUGCUUUUGAAGAUAAGGAGGAACAGGAAGAUUUAGAUGAGAUUAUUGUCUUAAAAGAUACUAAAGACAGAAGAAAUAGACAACAUAGAGGACGUGGUAGAAGUGCUGACUCAGAUCAUACAGUAAUUGACUACAGUAAAGGUGACAAAAUUUUAUCUCAAGAUAAUAGAAGAAGAACUCCGAACAAAAGGAAGUAUGAUCCAUUCUCUGCAGAUAACAAUGAGAAUGCUUUACAAGGAGCAAAGAGAAGAAGACCAACAGCCAAGAAUAGAAAUGUUUCUUUCAAGAGGUAA